ACGAAAUGACCCUUUCGCCCAUUCCUUCAAAACCACGGCGAUUUCCAGUUUCACCGCUCUAGCUCCCUCUCUCUGUUCCCUCCUCCCACCUUCCAAACCCUAAAUCCACACCCUUCCUUGAAAAUUUCGCACCCUUUUUCGCCUUGAUUUGUUCAGCUAUCUCUGGAUUCUUCUGAAGGGGUAAUGCGUAUGUGGGGUUCUUGACACUAUUUCUAUAUAAUGGAUCCAAAUUCUACUGAUUCCCCAAUAUCACCUACUGUUAAUUCCUCGGAAACUAAACCACCAGAAGUACACCCUCAGGCUCCUGUUACACCUGGAAUGAAUAAUGUAGCCCGUGAUGCACCAUCUAAGUUAUCUCCUAGUGGCUUAACUUCAUGGGCCAAAAACUUGAAAAUUUCUCAACCACAGUCAUCUUCACAAGAUGGAGCGACUGAAAAUGCUGGGAAGUCAGCUUUUGCACGUUUCACUAGUGGCUUGGGUUUGAACUUAUCUCCAAAAUCUCCUGCACCUAGUGAUUCCCCAGAUGGAAAUUCCAAACCUGCCCAACCCAGUUUUGUGGGAUCAAUUACAAAAGGGUUGGUUGACUCUUCAAAGAGUGCUGUAAAGGCUGUUCAAGUUAAAGCUCGUCAUGUUGUCUCCCAAAAUAAGCGAAGAUACCAGGAAGGUGGAUUUGAUUUGGAUAUGACUUAUAUUACUGAAAAUAUCAUUGCCAUGGGUUUUCCUGCUGGUGACAUGAGCUCAGGGUUUUUUGGAUAUGUUGAGGGUUUCUACAGGAACCAUAUGGAAGAAGUCAUAAAGUUUUUUGAAACGCAUCACAAGGGAAAAUACAAAGUAUAUAAUCUUUGUUCGGAGAGGCUAUAUGAUGCUUCAUUAUUUGAAGGAAAGGUGGCUUGUUUUCCUUUUGAUGACCACAACUGUCCCCCAGUUCAACUCAUAAUAUCAUUUUGCCAAAGUGCCUAUUCAUGGCUGAAGGAUGAUAUUGAAAAUGUAGUGGUUGUUCAUUGCAAGGCAGGAAUGGCCAGGACAGGCUUGAUGAUUUCCAGUCUUCUUCUAUUUUUGAAGUUCUUUCCAACCGCUGAAGAAUCCAUUGAAUACUACAACCAGAGAAGGUGUUUUGAUGGCAAAGGUCUGAUAUUACCAAGUCAGAUUAGGUAUGUCAAAUAUUUUGAGCGUAUUCUAACAUACUUCAAUGGAGAAAAUCCUCCCAGUCGCAGGUGUGUGCUUAGAGGUUUUCGUCUCCACAGAUGCCCAUAUUGGAUCAGGCCUUCCAUUACUGUAUCUGACCAUAAUGGUGUUCUGUUCUCCACUAAAGUGCAUCCAAGAACCAAGAGUCUCUCGCCAGAAGAUUUUUGGUUUACUGCACCAAAGAAGGGGAUAAUGGUCUUCGCCUUGCCUGGGGAGCCUGGUCUAGCUGAGUUGUGUGGGGACUUCAAGGUUCAUUUCCACGACCGCCAGGGAGAUUUCUAUUGUUGGCUAAACACAACCAUGACUGAAAAUCGGAAAAUGCUGUACACAAACGAUCUUGAUGGGUUCGACAAGAGGAAACUACCUUCCCCUGGGUUUCAGGUGGAGGUUGUUCUAGUAGAUACGUCGCCCAACACGGACAACACUACCAAAAAGUCGGAUGAAAGCUCAGGCUCCAAGCCUCCUACAGCUGAUGGGAGUGAAGUUUCUGAAAACCAAAACAGAAAAUCAGGAACUAAUGAUAAAGAUGAUGUAUUUUCUGAUAGUGAAUCAGAAGGUGGUUCUUCUAAGAGCAAGAAGGAGGCAACUUCAGGUACAGGGGUUGAAGGAUCAGCUGUCAAUACAACAACUAAAUCUCAAACGAGUAUGACUUCAUCAGACGAUGUUGCGAGUUUAUCACAUGCAACAAAGCAAGUUUCCCUGGGAGAUGGUGGAGCUAAACAGACUGCUACUGCCAGCGAACGAAAAGGCGACGGAGUUGGAAGAUCUGAUUCUCUUCCAGAAGUUCCAAAUUCAGAAAGUGAAUUCAAGGCAAUGGCUGCUGAUGCUUCUGUUUUCACAUUUGGCGACGACGAAGACUAUGAGAGUGAGUAAAUGAGAAGACACAAUGUUUGUUCGCCCCAAACCACGACCAGCCGUUUGUACAUAAAAACCGUGCUUCAGGUGAACCUUAAGAUUCAUUCAUUUGGAUUGUAAAUUCAAGUCUGUCUCAUUAUCUGGUUUAUUGUUGAAUUGAGAUAGCAUGUCAAAAAAAAGUUAUUUUUAAGUUUCUUUUGAAGACGAUACUGUUUUAUAGAGUUCAAUAAAGUUCAGAAUGAAGACUGUUUUGACAUUGUUUCUUUGUCAUUUAGGCUUGUAAUAUGCUGAAUCAGCUCGUGAAUCUUGUAGAUUGAUUGCCUUUGGCCAUGUGGACAAAUGAAAUGGAUUUAUUGUUUUA